ACACCGUCACUCACUGCUGACAUUUCGGGCUGGCUAGUGCUGUGCUGUGGGAGCAGCCUUGUGUUCUGUUGGAUUUUUAGCAGCAUCCCUGGAUGCCACUCACUAGAUGUAGCACAUCCCGCCUCACCGCCUCUCCUAACUACCACGAGUGUGUCCAAGCCUUGCCACACAUCCCCUGGGAGACAAAAAAAAAAAAAAAAAAUCCCUCCAACUGAGCGCGGCCGGGCAGGGGGAAGCGGACCUGCCUGCGGUCCCGCGGGCUGUGACGACCCAGCUAGGAUCUGAGCUCCCAGACGUUCACACAGCGGCGCCUUCCGCAGGCGGGGCUUAUGCAGAUGCACCGCAGGUUCAGCAGGGAGGCGGGCGGCUCUAUGCAGAUAAGGGGGCGGUGCCUGCAUGUUGAUAAGCUGGGCCAGCUGCCGACGCGGCUGGCAGCCUGGCGGGUCCCGCUGCGGUUCGGGCAGAAGUGGCAUCCCUCGGCUGCCACCCCUCGUCGCUAAGUCCCUACCCUCCGGGGACCGCCCUCGACCUUCACCCCGUUCCUUUCCCCCUCCUCCCUACACCAGCGCCCCCUUAUUUGAGUUUUUCCAUUCCGGGCGCCCCUCGCGUUUCUCCGCGCCCGCCUGGAGCCCCGCGACCUCCAGCAGUCCGCCCCCGCGGGCCUGAUCCGACUUGGCGGCUCCCGCCGCAGCCUCCUCGGCCUUCCCGCUCUCCGGGGGCUCGCCCCACUACGUCGCCGGGAGUCCGCUCUCGAGUUUCCCUGCCUCCUGCUCCCGCCCCCUUGGAGCCCCCUCUCCCUCCCUCCCGGCCGGCAUGCAGGUAUCCAUCGCGUGUACCGAGCAGAACCUUCGCAGCCGGAGCAGCGAAGACCGCCUGUGCGGACCCCGGCCGGGCCCCGGGGGCGGUAAUGGGGGGCAGGUUGGCGGGGGGCACGGAAAUCCUCCCGGGGGUGGAGGGCCGGGCUCCAAGACCCGAGUCGCACUGGUCCCCCGACCCCCAGCACCCGCUGGGGCCCUCCGAGAGAGCACCGGCCGAGGCACUGGCAUGAAAUACAGGAACCUAGGAAAGUCUGGUCUUCGGGUGUCCUGUCUUGGCCUAGGUACCUGGGUCACGUUCGGUUCUCAGAUCUCAGAUGAGACAGCAGAGGAUGUGCUGACAGUAGCCUAUGAGCAUGGCAUAAACCUGUUUGACACUGCCGAAGUGUACGCAGCAGGAAAGGCUGAAAGAACCCUAGGCAACAUCCUCAAAAGCAAAGGUUGGAGGAGAUCAAGCUAUGUCAUCACCACCAAGAUUUUUUGGGGAGGACAGGCAGAAACUGAACGAGGCCUGAGCCGCAAACACAUCAUCGAGGGUUUGCGAGGGUCCCUGGAGCGCCUCCAGCUGGGAUAUGUGGACAUUGUCUUCGCCAAUCGCUCAGACCCCAACAGCCCUAUGGAGGAGAUUGUGCGAGCCAUGACCUACGUCAUCAACCAGGGCCUGGCCCUAUACUGGGGGACAUCCCGAUGGGGGGCUGCGGAAAUCAUGGAGGCCUACUCCAUGGCCAGACAGUUCAAUCUGACCCCUCCUGUGUGUGAACAAGCGGAGAACCACCUCUUUCAGAGGGAGAAGGUGGAGAUGCAGCUGCCAGAGCUCUACCACAAGAUCGGUGUUGGCUCAGUCACCUGGUCCCCCCUGGCCUGCGGCCUCAUCACCAGCAAGUAUGAUGGGCGAGUCCCAGAUACGUGCAGGGCCGCCAUCAAGGGCUACCAGUGGCUCAAGGACAAAGUGCAGAGUGAGGAUGGCAAGAAGCAACAAGCCAAAGUGAUGGACCUUCUCCCCAUCGCCAACCAGCUGGGCUGCACUGCGGCUCAGCUUGCUAUCGCCUGGUGUCUCCGCAGCGAGGGUGUCAGCUCCGUCUUGCUAGGGGUGUCGAGUGCAGAGCAGCUGAUGGAACACCUGGGCGCCCUACAGGUGCUCAGCCAGCUGACCCCGCAGACAGUGAUGGAGAUAGACGUGCUCCUGGGGAACAAGCCACAUCCCAAGAAAUAGUCCAUCGAGGGCGCGGGGACCCAGCCCGGGCGGCGCAGGAACGCAGCCCGGAGCAACCGCACCUGCCCAACAACAGCUUCCCGGCGCCGCCUCUUUCCCCCUCCGGAACCCCACCCCGGGCAGCCACCGGAGCCAGGGUCGCCCCGCCCACCAACGAGUUCCGGCCGAGUAGCGAAACGCAUGACGAAUAAAGCCAUAUCCUCCCGCAGCGGGGCUGCCGAGAGAAAGUAGUCCGCCCACCCCGGCUGCUCCCUCUAGGCCUCCUUGCUAAUCCCGGCACGAGCUACGGGCCACCCCCUCUCUGCCUCUUGGUCUCAUGCCUUUCUCUCAACCCUCUAUUGCCGAGGCCAGGAAAAAAAAAAAAAAAAAGGAA